CUGGAACUUACAGUUCAGCACUCUGGCUGUAUGGAGCCAUGAAGAUUCUGGUGAAGCCAAUUAGAGGCUUGAUACAUGAAGGAGCUGGUGGUGUGGCUUGCAUUAUUCCAGAGGCCAAACCACUUUGGUUGGUCGGCCGUGCCACCGAUGAGGAGCUCUUUAUUUGGAGCGCCUGGGAGAUCUUGGGGACCGACCUGGCUUCCUUCCAGCGCGUUUCAGCCCUGCUGCCCUGUGGCCUGGCAGUGCUGGGGAUCUUCUACCCCCAUGGAGCUGUCACGCAGCUCCACAGUAGGCUGCCUGCUUUGCGGUUGAGUGCGAGCGAGGAGGACGGGGUACUGCACGGUCAAGUGGCUGGCACUGAAGUCAGAGAUUGGAAGGUUGCGCAGCCCUCUGAUCUCUUAAUCCGCGCGUCUCUUGAAGUGUCCCUGCCACCAACAGAAGCUGUCAGCACGCUGAAGUCGAUGAUUCGCGAUGCAAGGCAGCUACACUUCCGCUUUCCUGGCUCUACGCUGUUGCCCACUCUUUCAGAUCUGAGAAGCCUUGCAGUGGGCCCGACAGUCUCGGUUGUACCCAAUGGAAAGGAAGUGGUGGUGGAAGUGUUUUCAGAAGAUUUUGGGGCUUCUGGCUGCUCCAACUUCCUGGAUUUCACUUCAUCAGUGCCUUUGACUCAGCGCAUGGAUUUUGCGGCUUAUGUUCCGCAGAAUGCGCCAGUGGCGAAAAUGGCCGAGGAAUUGGUGGAAGCUGCUGUCCAACAACUCAAUAUUCUUCUGGCAGCUCAAGACUCACUGGGUGACGAUAGAAAUCUUAGCGUCCGCUGCUUUUUGCCAGAGCUUCUGGGUCAUGCAGUGUGCUUGAGGGGAACCGAGGAUCGCAGUGUUCGACAAGAGCUGCACAGACUACUCAGACUUCCAGAGGAGCCACUACUAGUCCCAGAUGCUGCCCUUGCGCUGCCUGGUCAGGACAACUUUGAUGACAAUGGCUGGGGCUGUGCUUACCGAUCAUUGCAGACAUGUGUAAGUUGGUACCGCAUGCAGCACUACAGCACAGAAGGUGUCCCCAGCAUACCGGAGAUACAACGCUUGCUGAAGUGCAUCGAUGAGGCCCACAAAGAUUUGGAGAUAGGGAGCAAGAAGUGGAUUGGCACGGUGGAGGGCAUGUACUUGUUGCAGGAAUAUUUGAAGGUGGAUUGCAAACUGAUGUACUGCCAAGACUGUGCAGACAUGGCGAGCCAAGCCCCACAGAUGCUUCAGCACUUGGAGACUGAGGGUACGCCUAUCAUGAUGGGUGCAGGAAUGUAUGCAUAUACCCUGGUUGGCUUGUGCUUUGAUUCUGCCUCCGGUGAUGUGGCUUACUUGAUCGUGGAUCCCCAUUACACUGGCAAGGAUGACCUGAAGCCGAUCCUUUCCAAGGGCUGGGUUGGUUGGAAGAAUCUAGAGUUCUUUGAGAAGAGCACCGAUGGGAGCUUCAUUAACUGUUGCUUGCCUUUGGUACCAAGAGGCUCCGAGCAGGUGUGACCACAUGCGAG